AUGCCGACCAAUCUUCGUAACGAGUCUAGAUUUGGGUACUCCCAGACUAGGGAGGACGCUGAGGCGUUUCUCAAGGCUACUGCGGUCGUCGUUACGCCCAAACGACGAGGUGUUCUACGCUUCACGGUAGAUGCACCGGUUGCAGUACAGAAGACUGCUCAGAUACAUUCCCCACCGCGUUGGCGAACUACGGAGUUCUACUUCUAUUAUGUGGUAUUUAUCGUUGUCGUUCCCAUGAUGGUGUGGAAACCAAUUUCUCUAAGCCAAGAGUCUAAUCCUAACUACCCUUUGUUUUACUCCCGGUUGAGCGACGGAUGGAUAUUCGGUCGGAAAAUCGAUAACAGCGAUGCACAGUUCAAAACCUUCCGAAAUAACCUCCCUUUACUCGCACUCAUCGCAGCUACUUUCCUCAUCAUCAAAUAUAUGUACCUUAAGCUAUUCCUUCGCUCAAGCAUAUCAGAAGACGGAACACGACUACAUCUCAUACCAUUUAGCCUUUCAUUUUCCAUCAUAUUCUUAUUAGGGCUGCAUGGAGCGAGUGUUCUCAAGAUAUUUUUUAUCCUCACUAUAAAUUACGGCAUUGCUAAAUCGUGCAAGUCAUCAAGAGUGACACCUUGGUUGACGUGGAUAUUUAACAUGGGCGUGCUAUUUGCUAUUGAGCGUAAUUCUGGGUUUCAAUUCUCGAGUUUAUCACCCUCACUGGAGAGUUUGGAUAGAAUAACGGGCGUUUAUGCGAGAUGGUUCAUACCGUUCAAUUUCACUAUGCUGCGGCUUGUUUCUUUCAAUAUGGAUUUUUAUUGGGCUCAUAAAGCGUCAAAGUUCGGACAGCCUAUCCUUCCAGACUCAGCGAUGGAUCAUAAGCAAAGGACGACGACCCCGCUCGACCUCGACGUUUACUCUUACAGGAACUUCCUUGCCUAUGUGCUCUAUCCGCCAUUGUUUCUUGCAGGACCUAUCAUGACGUUCAACGACUUUAUGUGGCAGCAUGUAAGACCAUCAACGGUACCGACCUGGAAAGCGGUCGGGAGAUACUUUGUCAGAUUCUGCGUCUGCAUGCUGACAAUGGAGUUCAUCCUGCAUUACAUGUACGUCGUAGCUAUCAAGGAUACGGCGGCAUGGAAAGGGGACACGCCGUUGGAGCUUAGUAUGGUAGGAUUUUGGAAUUUAAUUAUUGUUUGGUUGAAGCUUCUACUACCCUGGCGAUUCUUCCGCUUAUGGGCACUCGCAGACGGGCUAGAACCCCAGGAAAACAUGGUACGGUGUAUGGCGAAUAACUAUUCGACAUUAGGAUUUUGGCGAUCGUGGCAUAGGAGUUUCAAUUUAUGGAUAAUUAGAUACAUAUACAUUCCUCUUGGCGGAAUUAAGAAUCAAAUAGUCUCGACCAUAUUGAUAUUCACCUUCGUUGCACUCUGGCACGAUCUGACUUUCCGACUCCUUGCUUGGGGUUGGUUGGUCAGCUUCUUUAUCAUGCCUGAAGUUGCUGCGCGAUAUAUUUUGUCCUCAGCUAAGUUCGGGAAUUAUCCGUGGUAUCGGCACGUCUGUGCUGUAGGCGGAGUCGGAAAUAUAUUGAUGAUGCUGGGUGCAAACCUCGUUGGCUUCGUCAUUGGAGUCGAUGGGAUACAAUAUAUGGUCAGGCAGCUAUUUGGGACUAUAGAAGGACUACAAUUUUUAUUCGUCGCGUGCGCAUGCAUUUUCGUGGGUGUUCAAGUUAUGUUUGAAUAUAGAGAGGAAGAGAUGCGGAAUGGGAUCUACCGGAAGUGCUAA